AUCUAAAACAAGAAACAUAAAUCAAUGUACCCUGUUCUUCUUCUUCUUCUUCUUCCAGACCCAAUUCCGCCAUGGCUAAAACCAUAAAAUCUCUGGUUCACAACCAAAGCAAUGCAAAACACAACUUUGAAUCCAGAGGUUUCUUCUUGGACUACUCCAAAUUAAUUUCCCUCUCUUCCACGAAUUCCUCUUCCCUUGUCUCUCUGCAACCAAUAAUGGUUGAUUAUCUUAUCAGGAAUAACUUUCAACUCAUCUUCAAGCUAUUCUUUCUCCCUCCUCCUCGAUCCUUCAUUCUAUAAGAACACUCUGUUUUCUCCUCUUCUUCAUUCUCCAUCCCCAUGUCUCAGAACCUUCGACCUCGGAUCGCCAUCAAUGGCGGCGUCCACAGGACGACAACUCUUCAUUAUUACUGGUGUCGAAUCUGUCGACGAAUUAUCAGGAUCAGCUUCGGAAAUCCCCUCGAAAUUUCGAUUUCUUGCCCCUUCUGCUCCAGGCUUCUCCGCCACGAACUCGACGUAGCUAGGGCUCGAUUCCACGCCGAUCCUUCUGGUUUUCUCCCAAAUUCCUCUCGCCUCCCCGAUCCACGUCCCGAUUCUCGCCGGAAUUUACCUCUCUGGGGUUUUGAAAUCGACGACGGCCCUUCUCCAGAGUCGUGGAUUACUCUCCAAUUCUCCCGACCCCGAGCCCUCCCCGAAAGUUCCGAUGCGCCUCCCGAUUCGAGGCAGGAUUGCGGAAUCGAAGCGAUUCCGAGGGUGAAAAUUACAGAGUACCAUUUGGGGAAGGAUUCGAUUUGUCCAAUUUGUAAAGAGGAAUUUAGAAUCGGAGGAGAAGCGAGAGAAUUACCUUGCAAGCACUUUUACCAUUCGGAUUGUAUUGUUCCGUGGUUGAGGCUCCGCAAUACUUGCCCUGUUUGCCGCCAUACGCUGCAGAACAUCCCCGUCGCCGUCGCCGUCGCCGCCGCCGGGACUUUUGUCGAAGAAGGAGGCGGAAGGUGGAAUGGAUGGUGGAGCUCAAUCUGUUCGUGGUGGCCGUUCCGUUCAAUUGGUGGCUGGGCUCGCCGACUCCGGUAUGCUGAUUCCGGGGAUAGCUUCUUCGUCAUUGAACAUUCAUGGAUGUACUCUUGGCUGGCUAAUUGAGAUUCAUUCAACCACACCAGGUACUGUGUACUAUAUCAAUUAAUAUCAUUUCUAAUUUUUUUUCCCAAUAAUGCCCUGAGAACAGUUCAAUUGACAAGGACUCGGGAUCUCAUAUCGGUUUAGAAGUCUCAAAUUCGAAUCUUUCGUGAACUCCCAAUUAUAAAAAUAAAAAAAUAAUAAUAAAAAAUCUUCUCAA